AUGUCGGACAAGCACUUCUUUCCUGAGACGGCAGCCAAUACCCUGGUUCCCAAGUAUCUAAGGGCCUUCACAGCGGCGAACCCGCACCUGGGCCUUAUCGACUCCGAGAGAGUUGUUUAUGAGAAGAGGCAUGAUAGGGGCACGGUCUCGGUCAUCUCCGGCGGCGGCAGCGGCCACGAGCCCGGAUGGUCAGGCUAUGUAGGAAGAGGCGCACUGGCUGCCGCUGCGUGCGGCGACAUCUUCGCUUCGCCGAGCACCAAGCAGAUCACGGCGGCCAUCCGCGCCACCCCCUCCGAUGAAGGUCAUAUCCUCAUGAUCACCAACUACACCGGCGACAACCUGCAUUUCGGUCUCGCGGCAGAGCGAGCGAAGGCAGAUGGAACGUGCAAGAACAUUGCUGUCGUACCCCUGACUGACGAUGUGUCGUUGGGAAGGAGCAAGUCCGCCGUGGUAGGCAGGAGAGGCAUGCCCGGUCACAUUAUUCCUGCCAAGAUUGCUACAGCAGCAGCUGCAAGGAAAUACUCAUUCGAACGAUGCCUCAACCUGGCUCAAGCGGUUAAUGCCGAGGUCGUCUCCAUAGGAUCCGCGUUAGAUCACUGCCACGUCCCGGGACGGGCCAAGCACGAGACUCUUCCUGCUGACGUGGUUGUCGUCGGUGCUGGCAUCCACAACGAGCCGGGGGCCCAGAGGUUAAGCCCCUUUCCCCCGGUAGAGGACCUGAUUGCGCACUGUCUUAGACUCCUCUGCGACCCGAUGGACACCGAAAGAGCCUUCGUCGACUUCCACAAGGACGAUGCCGUGGUGCUUCUGAUCAACAACUACGGUGGUGUCAGCAACCUGGAGCUGGGUGCCUUAACAGAUGAAGUCAUGGUCCAAUUAGGCCGGUCAUGGGACAUCAAGCCGACAAGAGUCCUGUCAGGAUCCUUCGAAACCUCGCUAAACGGCCCCGGCUUCUCCAUCUCCUUGUGCAACAUCACCAACGUCGCGAACAAGGUUUCCGCGCCUGUCGAGGAGCUGCUGGAUCUCUUCGACAUGAAAACGGAGGCGGUCCACUGGCCCAACGUUUCCUCCUCUGAGGCUUACAAGACGCAGACCAAUGACACCAUCGACGAGGUCAGAGGGGGAGGUCCAGAGGCGACGUUUGAGAACGAUAUCAAAGUCGAACCCAAGUUACUAGACACUGUAAUCCGAUCAGCCUGCAAAGCUGCCAUUGCUGCGGAGCCGGAUCUGACGAAAUGGGACAUGAUCAUGGGUGACGGUGAUUGUGGUGAAGCUGUACAAGGCGUGUCAGAAGACGUAAUCGCGAUACUGGACCGCGGCGAGAACAAGGACGGUUCCAUCAUGAAGUUCCUCCUGGCCACGACCGACGCCGUCGACAACAUGGGCGGCAGCCUAGGCGCGAUCCUGGGCAUCCUGCUCUCCGCCUUCACCUCUUCCCUUCAAGAAGCCGUCGGCCGCUCCUCCUCUCAAGACGCCGCCUCGAGGGCGCCCACGUACGCAGAGGCGCUGGCGCGGGCCGUCGAGACGCUGAAGAAGUACACCGGCGCGCGCGAGGGCGACCGCACCGUCAUGGACGUCCUCAUCCCCUUCGCCGAGGCGUUCGCGGCGACCGACGGUGACCUCACGGCCGCGGUUAAAGUGGCCCACGACAAGGCCGAAGGCACUCGGCAUCUCAAGGCCAAAUUUGGCCGCGCGUCGUACGUGGCCGAGGCGCAGGGGCAGGCCAUUCCCGACCCGGGCGCUUGGGCGUUCUACGAGUGGGUGGCGGGCAUGCAGCGGGCGAUCGAGCAGCAAGCGGCGACUGCAAGCUCGUAG